AUGGCUGAAAUUGUGGGACUCGCCAAUAGGUGGAAGGAAGCCUACACCAAACGUAUCAAGCAAACCCCGGAGGAAAAGCAAGCCGUUUUGGCCGCAAUUGCGGAGUUCCCAUUACCGGAUCCUAAUGUAUUCGUGCCGCCUCCCAAUGCUCAAGAUGAGGACAAGCCGACAGAAGAGGAGCUAUCACAGAUUAAUGAAGCGUCGAUCAGAAGCAUGGCCAGCAGCACGCGAUUGUUUGCAUUAGCCGUGCGGAAAAUACUAGAAGUGCUGCAUGGGAUGGCGGACAAGGCGUACCCGGACCCAGCAGUGGCCACCGAACGUAAACUGAUGUUGCAGAGAUUGUCGGCAUUCCUUGGGAUGUCCCUGGAAGCGUUCGUCAUUGAAGUCCGCAUGACGGUUUGGGAUGGCACCAAGGCGGCAUUUGUGAACCCUCACGCCGGCACCGACUACCUCGCAGCAGUUGGACGUGGAGCACUCAGAGAAAUGGUGAGCGACGUCAUACCGUACAACGACGAGGACCUAAAGGCCAUCGUAGGACGAUUCUACGCGUUGGCUACGGACAUGCAGAUACAUAUCGACAUAGACGUGUCAGAAAACGAAACAUUCGUCAAAGAGGGGAAGAAAAACAUAGUAGAUUCCCUCGUGCGCGAAGAGAUGAUAGCCAUCGCCGAACCCUAUUUGAUGGACUGCGGCGCGGCGAUUAAAAAGCGCAAGGUAUAA